AGCCGGACAUUCGGGAGCGGUGCGCUGCAAGGUCUCUGCGCUCUCGGAGCUCCCGCCGCAGCUCUCCUGGGGCGGCCGUACAAUCCUCGGCAGUGUCCUGAGACUGUAUGGUCAUCUCAGCCGCUGCGCGCGCCCGGACCCGGACUCCUGUCGGCUCUGAUCUUCACAGCCACUUUUAUUUUUUACUUUUUUUUUUAACCCAGAAAAUUAACUCCAGUUCGAGGGGAAAAGGAACUUUGGUUCCCUUCUCGCAGCUCCCUUUUCGUGUCUGACAACCUCCUCCCACUCCUUUUCCCGACCCCGCCUCCAGGUGCAGGUUCCUCCCCGUCACCUUUCUCCACCCCCUUCGUCCGCACCUAGCCGGCCGGGCGCCCGCAAACUUCCACCUGAUCGUGCGGGGCGCUAGACCCGCGAGCUCUAAGGAGCGCUCACGCUCGCCCGGAUCUCGGGGAACCCGCGAAGGCAGCGAUUGCAGCCUCACUGACCGGCGAAUUCAGGUGCUUAUCGUCUCCAAGGGCCACGGCGACAAUGACAGCUGACAAGGAGAAAAAGAGGAGCAGCUCGGAGAGGAGGAAGGAAAAGUCCCGGGAUGCGGCAAGAUGCCGGCGCAGCAAGGAGACGGAGGUCUUCUAUGAGCUGGCUCAUGAACUGCCCCUGCCACACAGUGUGAGCUCCCACCUGGACAAGGCCUCCAUCAUGCGGCUGGCCAUCAGCUUCCUGCGGACCCACAAGCUCCUGUCCUCAGUUUGCUCUGAGAAUGAAUCUGAAGUGGAGGCUGACCAGCAGAUGGAUAACUUGUACCUGAAGGCUUUGGAAGGUUUCAUUGCUGUGGUGACCCAAGAUGGUGACAUGAUCUUUCUGUCAGAGAACAUCAGCAAGUUCAUGGGACUCACCCAGGUAGAGCUAACAGGACACAGUAUCUUUGACUUCACUCAUCCCUGCGAUCAUGAGGAGAUCCGUGAGAACUUGACUCUCAAAAAUGGCUCUGGUUUUGGAAAGAAAGGCAAAGAAAUAUCCACAGAACGGGACUUCUUCAUGAGGAUGAAGUGCACAGUCACCAACAGAGGCCGGACUGUCAACCUUAAGUCAGCCACCUGGAAGGUCUUGCACUGCACCGGCCAGGUGAAAGUCUACAACAGCUGUGCUCCCCACAGCAGCCUCUGUAGCUACAAGGAGCCUCUGCUGUCCUGCCUCAUCAUCAUGUGUGAGCCGAUCCAGCACCCUUCCCACAUGGACAUCCCCCUUGACAGCAAGACCUUCCUGAGCCGCCACAGCAUGGACAUGAAGUUCACCUACUGUGAUGACAGAAUCACAGAGUUGAUUGGUUACCACCCGGAGGAGCUGCUUGGCCGCUCAGCCUAUGAGUUCUACCAUGCUCUGGACUCGGAAAACAUGACCAAGAGUCACCAGAACUUGUGCACCAAGGGACAGGUGGUGAGCGGCCAGUACCGGAUGCUAGCAAAGCACGGGGGCUACGUGUGGCUGGAGACGCAGGGGACCGUCAUCUACAACCCUCGCAACCUGCAGCCCCAGUGCAUCAUGUGCAUCAACUACGUCCUGAGUGAGAUUGAGAAGAAUGAUGUGGUGUUCUCCAUGGACCAGACCGAAUCCCUGUUCAAGCCCCACGUGAUGGCCAUGAACAGCAUCUUUGACAACAGUGAUGAGAUGGCUGCAUCUGACAAGAGCAACUUCCUGUUCACCAAGCUGAAGGAGGAACCGGAGGAGUUGGCCCAGCUGGCCCCCACUCCCGGAGACGCCAUCAUCUCUCUGGAUUUCGGGAAUCAGAACUUCAAGGAGUCCUCAGCCUUUGGCAAGGCCAUCCUUCCCCCCAGCCAGCCGUGGGCUGCAGAGGUGAGGAGCCACACUGCUCAAAAGGAGGCUGGAAGCCUGCCCGCCUUCACCGUACCCCAGGUGGCCGACCCCGGGAGCAGUACCCCCAGUGCCACAAGCAGCAGUGGCUGCUCCACGCCCAGCAGCCCUGGAGACUACUACACAUCUCUGGGGGAUGACCUGAAGAUUGAAGUGAUCGAGAAGCUCUUUGCCAUGGAUACAGAGGCAAAAGACCAGUGCAGCACCCAGACUGAUUUCAACGAGCUGGACUUGGAGACUCUGGCGCCCUACAUCCCCAUGGAUGGGGAGGACUUCCAGCUGAGCCCCAUCUGCCCAGAGGAGCCCAACCUGCCCGAGAGCCUGCAGCCCACCCCGCAGCCGUGCUUCAGUGCCAUGUCGAGCAUCUUCCAGCCACUGGCCCCCGUGGCCUGUCACAGCCCCUUCCUCCUGGACAAAUACCGGCAGCAGCUAGAGGGCGAGAAGACCGAGCCGGACCAUCGGCCCAUGUCCUCCAUCUUCUUUGAUGCUGGGAACAAGGGGUCACUGCCAUCAUGCUGUGGCCAGGCCAGCACCCCUCUCUCUUCCAUGGGCGGCAGAUCCAACACACAGUGGCCUCCAGACCCACCAUUACAUUUUGGGCCCACAAAGUGGCCUGUUGGGGAUCCACACACCGAGUCCUUGGGGACAUCACCAUUGGGGAACUCCACUGCCUCACCCCACAUCUCCAUGUUCAAGAUGAGGUCUGCAAAGGGCUGCGGGCCUCGGGGCCCAGAUGUGAUGAGCCCGGCCAUGAUAGCCCUCUCCAACAAGCUGAAACUGAAGCGACAGCUGGAAUAUGAGGAGCGAGCCUUCCAGGACUCCAGUGGGGGGGAUCCUCCAGGCAGCAGCAGUUCACACUUGAUAUGGAAACGCAUGAAGCGCCUCCGGGGCGGAGCUGGCCCUCUGGUGCCUGACAAGUCCUUGAGAAAUCUCCAGGUCCCCACAGAUGAAUUUAACAAAAGCCCCCUGAGGGGCCUUGGCCAACCCCUACGACACCUACCGCCCCAGCAGCCACCAUCUGCUGUGAGCCCAGGGGACAAUGCCAAGAGCGGGUUUCCUCCUCAGUGCUAUGCUGCCCCAUACCAGGACUACAGCCUGCCAUCCACUCACAAGGCAUCAGGCUUAGCAAGCCGGCUGCUUGGGCCCUCGUUUGAGCCUUACCUGCUGCCCGAACUGACCAGAUAUGACUGUGAGGUGAACGUCCCCGUGCCAGGGAGCUCCACACUCCUGCAAGGAGGGGACCUCCUCAGAGCCCUGGAUCAGGCCACCUGAGGGGGGGCUCUGUGCCAGCCACACCCCUGCCGACGCUGUCCAGCCAGCUUCACUCUCUAGGUCUGUUUCUGCAACUAGGUAUUUCUAACAUCAGCAUCCUUUUUACAAGAUGUACUUACCUGGCCAAUUUGCCCAGGUCACCAAGCAGUGGCCUUUUUCUGAGAUGCUCACUUAAUCAUCCUUAUUUUUAAAAUACACGGUUGUUUUACCUGCUACAUUUUGCUGUCAGUGAAAAUGUUCUUAAAUUUUGUAAGAGCCUCCCUCCCCACCUUCAAUGACUUAUAAUUUAUAUUACCCAGAGUUUUCUGUCUCACACAUCCACACCAUCCAUACUAACAAGUCUGGGGGAUGUUUGCUCUCCGGUAGGGAAAGCUUUGGCUUCAUUUAAUUAAGAUUUUUUGUUAUUGUUGUUGCCAAAGAAAAACUAAAGGAUUUUUGCUUUCUAAAUGUGGUUUGUGGCUUUUCUCUUUCAAAGAUUUUUCUUGUUUGCUUUUUAAAAACUUAUCACCAUAUUGUAAAUUUCACUCUUUUUGUCGUUGUUGUUAAAGCUGACUCUGCUCCAAUUUUGAUGUGACUUAUGGGGGAAAGGCAGUGUGAAAGGUGGACUCCAAUGUAUAUGGUUACCUGGGAAAGUUGCACAGUAUAGCUUUUCCUGUACUGUUUGGUGCCCCCCAGUCGGGUGGAUUUUUUAUUAUUAUUAUUCAAAAGCAUAACUGAAUUUUUUUAAAAGGAAAAUUUAUAUCUGGGCUAAGUGUUUAUCAUAUAUAUGGGUACUUUGUAAUAUCUAAAAACUUAGAAGUGGACAUGCUCACACAAUCACUUUCAGAUCUUUCUGAAGCUGUUAAUUUUCUUUUCCUCAGUGUUGCCAACACUGCAGAAUUAUACAGUACUCCCACAGGCCUGUACUAAUACCGCUCACACUGUCUGCUGAUAUUUUGCGUUUGGGUUACGCCAUAGGUGUGACAAUCCGCGUGGGAGCACUGCGAGCUGUCUUCUCCUCGUGUUCUCUGUGUGUCAUGUAUGGAUGUCUGUCGUAUUAUUGCUGCCAAGAGGGUCUGCUGGCAUGUCAGGGGUGGGGGUGGGGAGGAAUGCUAAGGGAGAGGAACUGCUUUACCCUUUCUGAAAGCUGUGUUGCUAGCCCUUCAAGUGCACUGAGCUAUUGACUGUGUUGGUCUCUCACACGGCACAUUUGGAUAUUUCCACAACUACCAUGAAAUGGUUUUGAUGGGAAUUCAUAAAAGCAAGUGAGGCUUCAGAAACGACCAGGUCCGUGUCCUCCUAGCGCACGACCUUGGAGCCACACAGAGAGAGGGUGGCCAAGUGGAGGGCUAUGGGGACUGACCACUGGCCAGUCCCUGGGUCAGCCGUACGAGGCCUCGUGCAGCGCCCCCUGCUGGCAGGCAGCUGGCAGCCCUCCAGGGAUGGGCCCUAACCUCAGGUUCUCUCUGAGAUGUCUGUCACGUAAGGUGACAUGUAUAGGUAGGAAGCACUGAAAACAGUGUUCCCAGAGCGCUUUGUAACUCACUGGGUAAGAGGGACAACACCUUUUGGUUUUUCAGUACCAAUCAACAUGGAGCUUAUCUGUUGUGGAUACAGUAAGAAGUUUCUAGACACACACGAGGCAUAUCAGGCCAUGAGUUUGGUAAGCCCAGAGGGACUUACUGUCAAAACCAAAAUUCACUUUUCAAAAGAAAUCUAAAGUAUAUGAGAAAAAUUACAUAAUCACUGCGUUGCUAAAGUUCACUUUAGCAGCACAGUGGGGCCCAUCACGCAGGGCAGAACUUGAAGGGUUACUGACACCUAAAUGCUGGUAUUUGAUUUCCUGUGUGUGUUCCCUCAGGGGCAUUUUACCCUUGCAGUUUGACUAAAACACUCUAAAAAUUAUUCCAAGCUUCAUAUUAACCUUACCUGUCAACAUAACAACUUCAUGAACAUUAUUAUAUUGUUGAAUUCCUACUGACAUUGUAACUGUAUGGGAGCUUAACUUUAUAAGGAAAUGUAUUUUGACACUGAUAUCUUAUUAAAGUAUUCUGAUCCUGUAA